CACCUCCCACGGCAACACACAUUAAUUCCUCCAAAGGCUGAAACCGAUCCAAAGAAAAGAUUGUUUAAUGUGCGUUUCUUAUAGUAUAUAGUUAACAACUGGCGGUGAAUGAAUCACUGUUCACUGUCACACCUCUCUCUCUCUCCCUCUCCCUCUCCCUCCCCCUCUCCCUCCCCGAUGGAUCUCUAUUUCAGGCUAUAUUCUGAUAAACCCUAGAAAAUUUAAGCAAUGCCUAAUAAUUAGAUAUAUUGUCAUUGAAACCUGUAAAUUGAGUAGCUGAAGCUUCAAUCUAGAAUUUAUCAGCUCUGUAGCCACGCCAGUUGAUGCGAUGGUGGUCUGCAAAUGCCGCAAGGCAACUAAGUUAUACUGUUUCGUGCACAAGGUCCCUGUUUGUGGAGAAUGUAUAUGUUUUCCAGAGCACCAAAUAUGUGUGGUCCGUACUUAUUCAGAAUGGGUUCUAGAUGCGGAGUAUGAAUGGCCUUCUAAAUGCUGCUUGUGUCAUGGUGUGCUUGAAGAAGGAAGUGAUUCUCAAACUACUCGAUUGGGUUGCUUGCAUGUUAUGCAUAUGAAUUGCUUGGUUUCACAUAUAAAAGGUUUUGCUCCGCAUACUGCUCCUGCUGGAUAUGUGUGUCCGGCCUGCUCGACUUCUAUAUGGCCUCCAAAAAGUGUUAAAGAUUCGGGAUCCUGUCUUCAUUUGAAACUGAAGGAAGCAAUUAUGCAGACUGGCCUAGAAAAGAACUUGUUUGGAAACCAUCCAGUCUCAUUACUGCAAACAGAGUCUAGAGGCCCCCCUCCUGCUUUUGCUUCGGACCCACUGAUGCAUGCAUCGGCUGCUGGAGGCAGGGAUUAUAAUUCUAGCUUGUCACCAUCAGCAGUAAGAGAUGCUGAAGGAUACUCAGUUGCAACUGGCAUAGGUUGUAAUAAACCUUCAAGCACAGAUAUUGUGGAGAUAGAUGGUCCAGGUUCUUCCAAUCCAUCUCUGCCCAAUCAUGAGUCCAGUUUUAUGACAAUCUCAAGCCCUGCUGGUCCUGGUGCUACAACGCGAAAGAGUUCUAUUCAAGUUGAAAGGCAGAACUCUGAAGUUUCAUAUUUUGGUGAUGAUGAAGAUGCAAAUCGAAAAAAGUACACACGAAGGGGUACAUUGCACCAUAAGUUUCCUAGGUCAUUGCUAUCUUUCUGGCCGAGUGCCUUACCAACCCUACCAGUGACUGCACCGCCACGGAAAGAUGCAUCUAACGGAGAUGAUGUCCCAGAAGGGCGUCAGCGGCACCAUAGAUCUUCAAGGGUGGAUCCCAGGAAAAUCCUUCUCAUCAUAGCAAUCUUGGCAUGCAUGGCAACAAUGGGCAUUCUUUAUUACAGAAUUGCGCAACGCGGUCUUGGGGAGGAGCUUCCUGAUGAUGAUCUUGUGUGAGGCUAUAAUGGCAUAUUAUUUUCUCAAAUGCGUUUAAGAGGUUCAGCUGCUUAUAGUUUUAAUUCACCUUUCACCUUUCACCUUAUGUGGACACAUGGGUGGUCUGCAGUGGAACGUACAUAUUCCAUAAUCCUUUGUUUCUGUAGAGAAUUUUUAAUUCUUUGAUGACAACAAAAUCUUACUUAUGAUUGCCUAUUUAGCUAUCGGCUCUUUUUGCCCUUUUUGUUUGAAAUUGACUGGAAAAAUCUGAUUUGAAUGAGAAUGUCUUUGUUUGAAAU